UGCCUUAGCGGAAGAUAAUAAACCUGCUGUGUAAUGCUUGAAUAUUGAAACAGACUGGAAGGUCUCUCUGAGCUGAAACGUAAAGCACAGCAAUAAUGCCAGAUUAUUUGGGAACCGAACAACGUAAAGUCAAGGAAGAGGAUAAGGAGGAUAAACCGAUCAGAGCUUUGGAUGAAGGUGAUAUCGCCCUUUUGAAGACUUAUGGUCAGAGUACCUAUUCUAGGCAAAUAAAGCAGGUAGAAGAUGAUAUUCAGCAGCUUCUUAAGAAGAUCAAUGAGCUCACUGGAAUCAAGGAGUCGGACACCGGAUUGGCUCCCCCUGCCCUCUGGGAUUUGGCUGCAGACAAACAGACACUGCAGAGUGAGCAACCAUUGCAGGUGGCCAGAUGUACCAAGAUCAUCAACGCUGACUCCGAGGAUCCAAAGUACAUCAUCAAUGUGAAGCAGUUUGCCAAGUUUGUGGUGGACCUGAGUGACCAGGUGGCUCCCACUGAUAUUGAGGAGGGGAUGAGAGUUGGUGUUGACAGGAACAAGUACCAGAUCCACAUCCCCCUUCCUCCUAAGAUUGAUCCAACUGUCACAAUGAUGCAGGUGGAGGAGAAGCCUGAUGUGACAUACAGCGAUGUGGGUGGAUGUAAGGAGCAGAUCGAGAAGCUGAGGGAAGUUGUUGAGACCCCACUUCUCCAUCCCGAGCGCUUUGUCAACCUGGGCAUCGAGCCGCCGAAGGGAGUCCUGCUCUUCGGCCCCCCCGGCACCGGGAAGACCCUCUGCGCCCGAGCCGUGGCCAACCGCACCGACGCCUGCUUCAUCCGCGUCAUCGGCUCUGAGCUGGUGCAGAAAUACGUGGGGGAGGGAGCAAGAAUGGUACGGGAACUGUUUGAGAUGGCAAGGACCAAGAAAGCUUGCCUCAUCUUCUUUGAUGAAAUUGAUGCCAUUGGAGGGGCACGUUUCGAUGAUGGCGCGGGGGGAGACAACGAGGUCCAGAGGACCAUGCUGGAGCUGAUUAACCAGCUGGACGGCUUUGACCCCAGAGGGAACAUCAAGGUCCUGAUGGCGACCAACAGGCCCGACACCCUGGACCCGGCCCUUAUGAGGCCUGGGCGGCUGGAUAGGAAAAUUGAAUUCAGCUUGCCUGACCUGGAGGGUCGUACUCAUAUUUUUAAGAUUCAUGCGCGCUCCAUGAGCGUGGAGAGGGACAUCCGUUUUGAGCUGCUGGCUCGUCUCUGUCCCAACAGCACAGGUGCCGAGAUCCGCAGUGUGUGCACCGAGGCGGGGAUGUUCGCCAUCCGGGCGCGCAGGAAAAUCGCCACGGAAAAGGACUUCCUGGAGGCCGUGAACAAGGUCAUCAAGUCGUACGCCAAGUUCAGCGCCACUCCAAGAUACAUGACCUACAACUAAGCAACGUCGUCAUAUUCGUCUCUUUGAUUGUGCUCGGUUAUACGUUUUCUUUCCUAUGUCUACUGUUGGGUACCCAACCUAAUAAACUGUAGGUUAAGUGAAAAUCCA